AUGCUUACCACCGAAGAGUACGCCGAGUUGAGCGCACGAUACUGUGCACCAACCCACCUCCCCAUUCCUAUUGUCAUCCACAAGGGAGAGGGAGCGCGCUUGAGAGACAUCGACGGCAAGGAAUACAUCGACUUUCUUAGCUCUUUCUCAGUCGCAAAUCAAGGCCACUCCCACCCACGCAUAGUCAAGGCCAUGAUCGACCAGUGCCAAAAGAUCGCCCUUUGCACAAGCGCUCUGCAAAACGAAACCUAUCCGCUAUUAUGCAAGAAAAUAUGCGACCUACUUGGCUAUGACAUGGCCGCGUCCAUGAAUUCAGGCUCUGAAGGCGUGGACAUGGCCAUCAAGAUUGCAAGAAAGUGGGGUUAUAAUGUCAAAGGCAUCGAGCCAGACCAGGCCAAGGUCUUGACUGUCACUGGUAACUACCACGGCAAGACCCUGGGGCCUGUCUCUGGCUCGUCCUUCAGCUAUGCCAAGGAUGGAUUUGGUCCCUUGCUUCCCAACAUUGGUCCAAAUGUCGCCGGCUUUGAAGUCCGUUUCACUAACCUCGACGAUAUCAAGAAGGCGUUUGAGACCAGUGGCAAGGAACUGGCCGCGGUUCUCAUCGAGUGCGUUCAGGGAUUUGCUGGCUGCUUGCCGACAGAGCCUGGGUACCUCCAGGCUGUCCAGGAACUCUGUCGGGAACACAACGUUCUCCUUAUCGCUGAUGAGAUACAAACUGGAUUUGGCCGAACGGGAACUUUGAUGGCGUAUCAACACGAUGGUAUCAAGCCGGACCUAGUUGUGAUCGGAAAGGCCUUGACAGGUGGGCUGUAUCCGAUGAGUAUGGUUCUGGGUAGCAAAACCAUCAUGACACAGAUCCACAUUGGAGUGCAUACGUCCACAUUUGCAGCAAAUCCCCUGGCCAGUGCUGUCGGCAUUGCUGCUGUUGAUGUCGUCAUCUCAGAGGGCCUUGCGGAGCGGUCUCGGCGCCUUGGUGCCGAGUUGAAAGACCGCCUGAAUUCCAUCAGCAGCCCACACACGACGGUCAAGGCCACUGGCCGCGGUCUAUUUUGCGCACUUCACAUUGAUGAGUCUCAUCCUUCUGGGCGCGUCACGGCAGAGCGACUGAGUCGGCUGAUGCGAAAGCUGGGUGUUGUGAUUAUUGCCGUUGGGAACAGACUAAGGAUUGCCCCUCCGUUGGUUAUUAGGGAGGAAGACCUUUGGAAGGGAGUUAAUAUUUUAGAAGAAGCCCUGAGCAAACUAAUAUAUGUAGAAGAUAUUUAG